UUUCAGGUUAAUUGCUAAAACUAAAUGUCCAGGAGAUUUCGUGAGUAAUGUACUCGGAUUAUUUGUUAAUCAUAUUUAUUGCAACAUGUACUGCGGUAAUCGGUGAAGCAUUAACUUAUAUACUCGUAUAUCGUAGUGAGCAGUACAAACGUUUGAAAAAUGAAAUGGAACGGAAAACGAAAAAACUGGAACGAAAGAAAGAGACAACCGCUGAAGCGGACCGUACGGCAAAGCGAAAAAUUGAUAGGGAAGAGGAAAGGUUAAAAGCGACUAAUCGAGAUAUGAGUAUGUUCAAAAUGAAAAGUAUGCUCGCAAUCGGUUUUGCUUUUACAGCGUUGCUAUCUACGUUUUCCUCAAUAUUCGAAGGACGAGUGGUAGCGAAAUUGCCCUUCACUCCUGUAUCAUGGAUUCAAGGGUUUUCACACAGGAAUCUCAUUGGAGAUGAUUAUACGGAUUGUUCUUUCAUCUUUCUGUACAUACUUUGUACCAUGACAUUAAGACAAAAUUUGCAAAAGAUGCUUGGAUUUGCACCAUCUCGAGCUAUGAACCGACAAUCACAACCUAAUUUCUUUGGUGCUGCACCAUCAUCGACGAAUAAUUUCAGCUACCUUCGUUAAGACAGUAGUCAUUAUAAAUGAUGACAGCAAUUCAAUCCUUCUUGGCACUUUUUUGUGUUUGUUAAUGCUGCUGGAAUAAAACAUUGCUUUCCUAGAAUUCCCAUAUUUUUCAGCAAAAAAAGUAAAACAAGGG